UGAACGCCCCCUUUGACGUUUUGACACUGACAGCGACACAGCUGACUUUUACGAACCUCAAUUUUUUUUAUUUAUGUAAAAUUUAAUCAAUCCAGUCUCAAGCAAUAAAAUGCAGGUUCAAAGCAAUAUAAUGAAAUAGGCAUCAUAUAAUUUAUAGACCAACUAAUUUAAUAAGAAUCACAAAUAUGUGCGAGAAUGGAGCAGAAUAUACAGACACGGUGGAUCCUAGAGUGCAAAUCGAACUAGAACGGCUUAAUAAUGCAACGGAUGAAAUUAACAGACUUGAAGUAGAACUGGAUGAAUGUCGAAGUGCAUUUCGACAACUACUCUGUGAUAGUACUGCCAAGGUAGAUGCAAUAAGAUUAAAGCUAGGCAUGUGUGUAGAAAGGUCCAGACCAUAUUAUGAAGCUAGAUUUGUAGCGAAUGAGAUCCUUAAGCACACCCAAGCAGCUGCAAUGAAGUUUGAAAAAGCUAACAGUGCCCACAGUGCAGCUAGAGAAAUGGUCUAUUUAGCAGAGCAAGGAUUAGGGGGUAGAACAUUAGAUCCAGCAUGGCAAGAAAUGCUAAACCAUGCCACACAACGAGUAAAUGAUGCUGAAAAGGACAGAAGCACUGCUGAGAUAGAUCAUAGAAUUGCAUGUGUUAAACAUGAAGCAGCAAAUGCAAAGGUACAAAGCUUGCAGAAGGAACUGAAAAGGGCUAUAACUAAAAGCAGUUUAUCUAUUCGAAGAUCGUUCAUGCAAAUGAGCAGCAUUUUAUCACAGCAUGAGUUAAUGUUUCUGCCCUACUAUGAAUUGAAAGCCCAUUUCAACCAGCUACUGGAACACCAGAUUGCAAAAAUUCGAAGCAUCGAGUCUCACGUUAGUGCUUCGAAAAUGACCUACGCCGACGCGUUGCGUAAUCUCGAACAGAUUUCCGAUGAGAUUCAUCAAAACAGGAGGAAAGCCUCUCUGUUGUUGAAUGGCACACCCGCCAAGCAACCUAACAAGCAGCGGAGCCUGGAUUCGAAUGUUUCUAUGCUUGACGAUUCAGAAGAUCUGAUAGACGAAUUCAAAAGUCUUCCACAAAAAACCGAUAAUUUGCCGAGUCCUGGAGUGGCGAAAUCCGAAGAUGUCUGGGGAUAUAAGAGUUUGAAAUUAUGCGCAUAUGGGAACGGGGCAUCGCCUGUCUCACCAGUGUCAGCUAGCGAGAAACAACCAAGUAUAACCCAUAGUCAAUCCAGCGAAUGGACAGAGAUAAACCUGGACAAUUCUAGUCCCGAGGAAGAUAUACCGUAUAAAAAAUUGGAUCAUCCACCAGAGAAAUCCAGGCUAGUGAGGCAAAAAACGCUACCCAAUCCAAAAACUGACAACGAGUUUUCUUCUAUUAAGAAUAAAAUGAAGUUGGACGCGAAUAUUACAAAUUGGAUCAAUAGAUCGUCGGCAAAAACUGAGGUUCCGAUGGGUCGUAGACAAAGCUUAGACAAUCUUCUGGGUCCUACAGGUGAAAAGGUGAAGGAAAUUUUCUCUCAAGGCAUGAUGAUGUUGAACAUCAGUUCUCUGACAGAGAGACGGAACAGCGAACCUAAAGUUCCAGUGACAGAAUGUAGGAGCAGUGGUGGAAAGAAGUCGCCUAGUCCUUUGGAAAAGACGUUGACGUACCUGAAUGUUGAAGAUGACAAUUCUGACACAGAAAGUCUGGCAAGUGUGGAUAUGUUGAACGAAGACCAGAUUUCCUCCUUGAUGUUGGAUCCGAAUAUCGUGUGCGAACAAGUGCUAGGAACACCUCUCACUGAGGUGGUUCCUUUUCCUCAGCUAGCUUCAACUAGUCAGGCUAAAUAAAAUUUUGUGAUAUAGCGCUAUGAUUUGAUCAACUAGUAUCCAAACAUAAUGCCUAGGUUUGUGCAUCCUUUUAUGUUACAGUUCCGAUAAGGUCUUUGAUGUGAAAAGUGAUACCAAAUUUUGAUUUCUAUAUUUUGUCGAUGUCAAAGGCAAUGAUAUAUAUAUAUAUAUAUAUAUAUAUAUAUAUAUAUCAUUCCUCAAUAUAUUCUUUAGAAAUGCUUAAAAUUAUUCUUCUAUAUAUUCUUUAUAAAUGCUUAUUUCUCUAAAUUAUUACAUACAAUUCCGAGUCAAAUUAGAAUAUUUUGCAUCAAUAUUUAAGUGUUGUUAUUUUUGUUAUGCGUUUCUUGAAAUUCUCUGAGGUACUAGUUGAUUUGGAAUGUAGUUUUAAACGAAAAAUUGUAUUGCAUGAUUGAAUUUUUUUAUCCAUUUCGCUAUUAGCACUUAUGGUGUGGAAACUUGAUGAAAUGUUACUUUGGAGUAGGGUGAUGUAUUGAAUUGUUUUAUUUAAGAAGUGAAUGCUGGAACUCAUUCGAUAAGGAGUACUGUACUUCAAGUAUUUUCAGAUGACAAUAAGUUUGAUCAUCCUAGUAUGUUAUUAUCUUUCUUAAUUUAUGUGAAAGCUAUGAAUGAAGGAAAAUUAAAAACCAUGAAGUUUAGGUCAUUUAACUAUAGUAUUCAUGUCAAAUCCAUGAAAACUUAUAAAAUGAUUUCAGUCUAUUUUGUUCCAUAGAAAAAGCGCGAACUACGAUGCACAAGAAGCCACUAUCUCUAGUUAGCAAAAGUAGGCAUAUUAUUUGGAUUUGUUUUCAAAUGAUAUUUAUAAGAUCAGAUGGUUAUCGCGUGUAUACUUUUAUCCUAGUCCUUCUUGAUUUCGUAUCAUAUGUGAUUUUUUAUUAUAGUUAUUGGUUAUUGCUUGUUAUUGUUGUAUAUAGAUCCUUAAUUUAUUUUUGUUCAUUUUCGUUGUAGUUUAUAAUUUAAAAGUAUUAAUGAUGACUGUGAAAAAAGUAAAACAUACAAUAUUUUGCCUAUACCAACAGCUGCAACAUUCUAGACAAUUUAUUUUUUUGCACAUUGUCUACAGAUCUGGCAGUUUUUCAUUGGUAUGUUUCAGCAUUAGCUUUUUUAUUUUCUGGGCCCAUUUAACCUACUCAUAGAGAAGUAGAACAGAUAUUUUAUUUGACAAACAGUGGGACUAAACAAUACAUAUGAGAUUUCUUCCUUUGUUAAAUCAUUUUAUAUUAGUAGGAUGAGAAUGUAGAUGUUUUAAAGUAGACAAUAGGCUUAUAAAGUAUUCAGGAAUCCUAGGCUCUAAGCUGUUUAAAAUACUCUUACAGAGAGAAAUCUAUAAGCCGCGCUUUGAAUGUAGUGUCUAGUCAAUCAAAUAAUUUAAAGCAAUAUUUAUGACGUUGAUUCUUGUUAUUUACUAUUUUGAUGAAUAAAUCAUUUGGACAGUUGAAA